AUGAGAGUGCCCGCUUUAUCUCGAACGCUUCUCUCAGCCACCGCCUUGACAUCGGCAAUUCUACAGGCAGAAUCAGCUGUCAUCAUAAAAGAGGUUCAUGAGGUUGUUACCGCAGCUCCCAAGUAUGUCACAGUUACCGCUGGUCAGCCUGUGCAGGUUACCAAAGAUCAAACUGUUUCUGAGCUGACUACUUUGUUUAUUGCAACCACCACUCCAGUUACUGUGAUCCAAAGUACCAUCAUUACCAGUAUUUCUCUGGUCAGUGUCCCUCCUGUCACCCAGUAUUCGACAUACUCUACAACUUCACUCAGUAAAACAAUUGAUCCCGCUACUUAUACUACUGGUCUCAGUAUCCCGCCAAACACAGUGGCAACGGCCGGACCGACUUCGUCUAAUCAGGCUACACCGGUUGCUGCCCCAUCUGCAGCUGAAUUCCUGUUGUCAACUCCAGCCUCUUCGACUUCUAUUCCAUCGACAUUACAAGCUUCAUUCACUUCUUCAUCGCCAAGCAGCUCAACACCUUCGUCAGGCGCUCCUGUUCUGAGCUCCUCAACUGUGGGUUCAGUCGCCUCUUUGUCAAGUUUGGUGAGUCUUCCUGCUUCCUCUUCAUCGACCAGUUCAUCCAGCUCCUCUGCGGCUGGAAUUAGCUCAAGUGAGUCAGCAGCUCCUGUUUCACAACCCUCUAGCGGUGCCUACUAUCAACUUGGUGGCGACAUUUUCUCUCAGCCUGUGUCAACAGAGGCCCCAGCUUCUGUUUUCCCUAGAGAAGAUCUUGAUAUCUCGAUUCCCUCUGGCGUCAACAAUAAUGGAAACCCUCUUCAUACCAACAAGUUCUACAGCAAUUUGUUCUUAGCUGACCAAAUGUAUCCUGUUUAUGCUCAGCCAUACUCAGUCUGGUGGUCAAAUGACACCAAUUACUACGGAAUGGCUAUUUCUCAUGUUAAUCAUAGCCAGCGUGCAUUUGGUCCAGAUCCAAAUGCUGAUCCCGUUGAAUACUAUAUCAAUCCUAUUGGCCUUAUGUCAUUUGUCUAUUCUGCAUCUGAGUUUACUAAUGACAACAUGCAACUGAGUGUCUCUGACUCAGAUACAUUUUCUGUCAAUGCUGCCCUCUCGACCGGCGGAUCAUCAGGCUCUGUUAACUUCCCUUUGGUCGUUGGAAUGGGUUUUGUUACUGCCGAAUAUAACGGAUUGACUCCUUAUUUCUACAGUCAACUUGGAUUCAAUUCAGUUACUAAAAGCAGCAACCCACCUGCGUCAAAUAUCCAGAAGUACAUUAUUACUCUUUUCAACGGUGUCACCUGGAACCUCUAUGCUACGGUCCCUGAAGGCCAGGACUUUGAUCUUGACGUGCUGAAUGAUUUUGAGAUCAAGGCUACCACAGGACCUGCCAAUGGUGUUGUUAUUCAAGUUGGUGUCGUCCCCGCUGGUGCAGAUAGCUCUUUUGACAAGGCUGCUGGUCAGUAUCCUGUCAGUGCCAGUGUUUCUGCUAGUGUAAACAACGAUGUUGCAUCAUAUACUAUUGAUUACUCGACUAAGGGUACAUCGGCUGGUGGCACCACUUGGAUCUGGACUUUGCCUCAUCAAACCCAGUCAUUUGACUCUUCAAUGAGCAGUGCUGCUACUCAGUUCACCAUUGACUCCAAUACUAAGGGUGUGAUGACUGGAUACUUGACCAACAAGUUAGUGAUGAAUGAAGUUCUCAACACAGGUAUGCAGUUUCUGCCUUGGUCUUCUCAAAGCUCUUUUUCAGGUCCUUCCUACAGUCAAGAAGCCUUGCAGCUCAUGGCUAGUGUUGCGAAUCAGGAAUUGGCACAGGAUAUUUCUGGUCAGACCAAUAGUCCUUCCACAUACACAUCAGGCAAAGCGUUUGAUAAGUUUGCUUACAUUCUUCUUGUUGUCAAAGACAUUCUCAAAAAUGAUGACUUGGCUAAGUCUGGUCUUGCAAAUCUCCAACAGGCGUUCUCCUUGUUUACCAGCAACACUCAGCAAACUCCUCUAAUCUAUGACACUUUACUCAAGGGUGUCACAUCUUCAGCUGCCCAGAAUGGUGGAAGUCCUUUGGAUGAUUAUGGAAGUCCUUACUACAAUGACCAUCACUUCCAUUACGGCUACAUGGUUCACGCUGCAGCCAUCAUUGGUUACAUUGAUCAAGCAUAUGGCGGUAACUGGAUCAAUGAGAACAAAGAUUGGGUCAACUCAUUGGUUAGAGACGUCGCUAAUCCAUCUCAUGAUGACAGUUACUUCCCUGUUUCACGUAUGUUUGAUUGGUUCAGUGGCCAUUCAUGGGCUCAUGGUAUGUUUGCUAGUGCUGAUGGUAAAGACGAGGAGUCCAGUUCCGAGGACUAUAACUUUGCUUACGGUAUGAAGCUUUGGGGUAAAGUGACAGGUGAUGCUAAUAUGGAAGCAAGAGGUGACCUUAUGCUCUCAGUCAUGGCAAGAUCUCUUAGCAACUAUUUCCUAAUGCUGGAUAACAACACAAACCAACCAUCCAACUUUAUCAAGAACAAGGUACCUGGUAUCACUUUCGAGAAUAAGGUUGAUCACACCACUUACUUCGGCACUAAUCUUGAGUACAUUCAAGGUAUUCAUAUGAUCCCCAUCACUCCUGCUUCUGGCCUCAUUAGAAGUGCCGAGUUUGUUGAGCAAGAGUGGACUGAGAAAUUGGCUUCUAUCAUUGAUUCCCUUGACAGUGGUUGGGCUGGUAUUCUUAGAAGUAAUCAAGCCCUUUACGACCCUGUUUCAGCUUAUAAUUACUUUGCUCAAGAUAACUUCCAGCCUCAAUGGCUCGACGGAGGUGCUAGUAGAACUUGGUACUUAGCACUAUCAGCAGGUCUUGGUGGUUCGCCAUCUUCUUAA